AGCAGACAGAUUUUAUAAUUCUGAACUCCUUUGAAUAUGUGCAAAAUAUACAAAUAUACGGAUACUUAAAAUACACAGUUUUUAUGUAUGGUUAUUGUGUGAGUCUGGAUUUGGCAGAGAUCACAUAAUAUUCAGAGUAAUGUAUCCAUGUUUAACCUCUAAUUUGAUUUUGAUAUUAUCUUCCCAGCCUUCUGGCAGCCAACAGAGCUCGCCCUCAACUGCAGUAAGCCAAGGAAGCAGCCAAACCCCAACCAGUGGUCAACAGAGCCAGGGAAGUGGACAAGACAGUGGAAACCAAGGGCAAACUGGCAGCAGCCGCCAGUAUGGCAGCGGAAAACAACAAGAUCAAAGCGGUGGCCAGCAGGGCAGUGGAAAUCAACAAGGACAGGAUCAGAGCGGUGGUCAGCAGGGUAGUGGAUCUCAACAAGGACAGGAUCAGAGUGGUGGUCAGCAGGGUAGUGGAAACCAACAAGGACAGGAUCAGAGCAGUGGUCAGCAGGGUAGUGGAAACCAACAAGCACAGGAUCAGAGCAGUGGCCAGCAGACUGGGGGAAGUCAGGGCAGUGGGCAACAAAGUUGUGGAACCCAGCAAGGAGGACAGAGUCAAGGACAGGGACAGGAUUCUUCUUAUACACUUAGACAAGGAGAAGAUAAGCAAUAGACCUGUGGUUUACACUCCAAUAGCUAUGUAUACCUGAUGAUAAUUACUGUCUCUUCAUCCUUACCAAAUUAUUCUAUAGCCAAAGCAUAUAAAUAAAAUUCUGUUGUGAUUACAGCAA